AUAACAUUAUCACAAAUGCGGAAAUAAAUUACACACUGCGGACGUGCAUGUUGCACUGUGUAUGGCAAUUAAUUACUGAGAGUAAACCUACUUCAUGUUUUUGGUGAAACAGUCAUCAUGGCUUGAACUAAUGUGAACGGCAGCGACCGAUAUAUGUUUGUGAUGUGCAGUAGGUACUGUUGAUUAUUGUUUUGAGAUUGAAAUUUGCAUGAAAGAGAAGAAAAUGGACACUAUUGGCGGUGGUUUCAGCCGGACUUCCCGGCCCCGCGGUACGGUGCAGGGACUGUUCACUCCCGAGGACGAGUACGGCGACCUGUACCCGGAAGUUAGCACGGUAAGAAAAGACUUGCCGCCGCUCCGAGAGAUUCUUUCGAAACGUGGUGCUUCCUUAUCUGAGUAUCUCAUAAACGACGUGGCUGCGGCCAAGGAGGAAGAGAAGGACCUUUUAUGGUUCCAUGGCCGAAUAACAAGGGACACAGCCGUGCAUGUUCUGAAGGGCAAUGGAUCAGGAGAGGGGACAUUUUUGGUGCGAGAGAGCACGAGUCGGAGCGGAGAUUAUGUCGUUUCGAUCAUGCACAAUGGGCUCCCGCAACACUUUCAGAUCCAGUGCAUGGGGGACUUUUACUAUAAGAUAGACAAUGGGCCUCUCUUUCAGGGCCUGGACCAACUCAUAAACUAUUACCGGAUGGGCUCCAAUGGGCUCCCAACGAAACUCACCGUCUUCUGCAAUGGAAGAAUUCCGCCCCCGUGCUCGAGACGAUUCGGUCGGACAACGCCACUCCAUAGAGCUACCUUUGAGAAGUGGUCGGAGGGCGUCGCGAUGAUCAUAGAGGACAACCUCUGCAGUCCGCUGGAUGCCAGGAACGCGGAGGGGCGCACAGCGCUUCACGAGGCCGCUGCUCUGGGGGAGGAGAACAUCAUCUUCAGGCUCCUGGAGAAGAGCGCAAAUAUCAACAGUAAAGACAGCAAUGGGGUCACUCCACUCUACACUGCUUGCAGUAGCAACCAACCCAGGGCAUGUCAGUUCUUGAUGCAGAAGGGGGCCGACCCCACCCUCAGGCACCCCAGGACGGGGUGGGUUCCCCUCCACGAGGCUGCCAUGAAAGGUCACGCAGGCUGCGUCAAGGAGCUGAUCAUGCACGGCGCCCCCUGUCAUCCACGCAGCGCAGACAACGACACGCCGCUGGAUUUAGCGAGGAGAUACGAGCACUCGCACGUUGUCAUGUACCUAAAGUCCUGUAAACCCAAGGUUCCCAGGCUACAAGGCAAGCCCUGGUUCCAUGGUUCCAUGGACCGCAAGAAGGCGCUCGAAUCUAUCCAGAAGCACGGCGCUAAGGAUGGCCAGUUUCUACUCCGAAGCAGUGCUAAUAAACCUGACACCAUGGUGCUUUCAAUGGCUGCCAAUGGCACUGUCUUUAACUUCGAGAUCAACACUAAGAUGGAGAGCUUUUACAUCGACGACGGCCCUUACUUCGACACCUUAGAGCAACUCAUCGAUCACUACUCCCGCUACGAUGACGGUCUUCCAACCAUGCUUCUCCAUCCCAUACCACCUCCCCCGGGGCGCAUCGACAACGGCCCACCCACCAGGGAAAAGCCCAGCCCCGCCCCGAGACCGGUGGAUCUCACGGCUCACAGGGUAACUCCAGUCAGGAGGGAUAGUCCUGAACCCCCUCUCAGUCCUAUAGAGAGGGAGGGGUCGAUACCUAUGUCACCCCCGCCUGAGCUGCCGUCAGGGAGGGCGCCAAAGAGCAAUGCCUUCUCCAAGAUCUUCGGAGGCAUCCGGGCCUCUGAGAAGACCAAGAGGAAAGACAAAGAGAUGGACAGACAGAGGAAAGAACUCCAGAAGGCUAUCCAUGAGGCACCAGGAGGGGGCUCAGAUGAGGUCCAGUGUAUCGAUGCCAGUCUCAUCGAGAGGGGUAACGAGAUCGGCCAGGGCGAGUUUGGUUCUGUCCUGGAGGGCAAGUAUAAGGAGAAGGACCGGUGGGUCAAGGUAGCCUUGAAGACCCUUCAUGCUGACCACCUGCAGACCGGUCAGAAGGAGUUCUUGAGGGAGGCCAAAGUCAUGUGCGGACUGGACCACCCCUGUAUCGUCAAACUCAUGGGAGUUUGCCUCGGUCCCCCCAUGAUGCUGGUCCAAGAGCUGGUUUCUCAGGGAGCCUUGCUAGACUUCCUCCAGAACGAUUCCAUCACGGCGUCCGACCUGAAGCUCUGGGCCACCCAGAUAGCCUCCGGGAUGAUGUACCUGGAGGGAAAGAAGUUUGUGCAUCGAGAUCUGGCCGCGAGGAAUAUUCUGCUGGAAAACAAAGGACAGGCUAAGAUCAGUGACUUUGGACUAUCGAGGGCAACGGGAGCUAACAACGACUACUACAGAUCAACAACAGGUGGACGCUGGCCGGUCAAAUGGUAUGCGCCGGAGUCUAUAUACUACGGUACCUUCUCACACUCGUCCGAUGUGUGGGGUUUCGGUGUGACGCUAUGGGAGAUGAACUCGAGAGGAGCACAGCCGUACGGCGAGAAAACAGGCGCUGAGGUCAUCAAGCAAAUAGAGAACGGUCAUCGCUUGAACAGGCCCGAGGGGUGUCCGCAGAACGUCUACCAGAUCAUGAACAAGUGCUGGUCUUACAAACCCUGCAACAGACCCACCUUCUCGCAGCUCAACGACAUGUUCCGGGAUGACCCCGAAUACGGUGCUUUCUACCACAGAGGGGUCCACAACCCGCCGAGCAGGAGAUAAUAGUCUAGGUCCAGGUCAGGUAGUCCUGGUCUAGUUUGUCUAGUCCGUAUUUGUAGCCAGAAGUGCAUUUCUACAGCCAAAGCAACCAGUAGUAAUCUGAAAGUAGCUGUGCAAAGAUUAAAACAAAAUAACUUUAUUUCAUUAUUGCAAAGGUGAAACUU